AUGUCGUGGGUCGCCGCUGCGAGAGUGAUACGGCUAUACGACAACGCAUGUACGAUGACAGGUCAGAUCCAAGGCGUUCCCGCAAGUGAGCAGUAGUAUCAUCACAAACUUUGACGCGAACUCACAUGCAGGUCAAAACAAGAUGAUCGAAGGGUUCAAAUAA